UAAACCUCAUUGUCUAUGGCGAUCGACCGUAUCCGCCAUUUGCAGUCGUUUGCUCGCGUUCAUUUUCUUGGAUUUUACGUCGGCUUCCUCUGCAUCGUUAGCAUUACAAGUACGAUGUCGUUCAAUCGAGGAGUGAAAAGAGAUUCCUUCGGAAAUCGAGGGAAUUUCAAUCGGGGCAAUAAUGGGGGCGGCGGUGGCAACAACAAUAGACUCAAUAAUAUGGGCAAUAGCGGCAUGGGAAAUAAUAUGGGUGGAGGAAUGAGCGGAGGCGGCAUGGGUGGAAUGAAUCCUUGGGAAGGUGGUAUGAUGCCUGGCAGAGGAAUCUUACCUACUCCCAACAACAAUCUUUCUCUAGCAUCACCGCAGGCACAACUUGCAAUUGCCAGCAAUCUUUUGACAAACUUGCUUCGUAGUCAGCAGGAAGUGCAACCUCAGGUGCCAUCUCUCAUGAGCCUUGGAAACAACUUCUCUGGACCAGGACCAAACUAUUCUAAUCAACAGAACUUUUCCUCGGGACGGUUUAAUGAUCGACCUGCGCGACAUGGUUUGAAAAAUCAACGUCAACAGCCAUAUAACAAGAUGGGCAAUCGCGCCCGAGACGGCCCUGCUGGGCGACGUGGUCCGUCCGCACAACAAUCUCGUGCGCCCCAGUCCGGCAGUCAACGUAUGAACGGAAACCAAAUCCAACAUCGCAACGAUAAGUCUUCUAAACCAAUUCCUGCCUCUAAACAAAAUCAGACUGCCAAAAAGGAACAGCAGGACGUUAAGACCUCUGAUAGUGAAAAAGCAGAGCCGCCUGUUCCGAAAAGUGAAAACGUGGAAGAGACCGAGGAUAAGAAACACGAUUGGAAGGAUGAGAAGGAGACGGAGGAGGUGAAGAUAAAAGUGGAGGAGGAAGGUGAGAAAACGAUGGAUGCUGACGCGAGCAUGGAACAGUCCGCCGCUGCGGAAGACGCGUCGAAGGACGCGAACACGUCCUCGAGCGAGAAGGACGCGAAAACGAUCGGCAAGAAAUCGGAGGCUAGACACGCCGAGAGUCGUUACGCCGAGGUUCCGAUGAACCACAUGUUUUGUCAUAUCUGCAACAAGCAUAUGUGGGACGGAUAUUCCUUCGAGAAUCAUCUGCGCGGACGUGCGCAUCAACUGAUGAUGGAGAAAUUGGAUGAAUCUUACAAACUGAAAGUCGAUCUGAUGCGACACGAACUGCGUGUUGCCGAGGAACAACGGGAGCUUAGCUUGAACAACUCGAAACGUCGUGGGAAGAAAGUCUCUGUAGAUUUCAACGUCAGGGAGUACUGUACGAUGUGCGACUUGAAUUUCUAUGGGACUUUGUCUACACACAGGAAGAGUGAAAAGCAUCAGCAAUUGAAAACUUUCUUGCAUCCACGGUGUUUCCCCUGUCUGAAAGAAUUUCCGUCUCGUAUAGAGUACGACGAGCACUGCUUGACACCCGCUCACAUGAAGAACGCUGUUCAGUGUGAGGAACAACGGAAAAAUAAGAAGAAAGAAAAACUAGCAAAGGGAGAAGCCGAAGUACGUAGCGCGGAAGACGAGGAAAAGGACGUCUGGCAUGAUACGAAGAAUGAGAAGGAAGACGAUUCCGGAGAACAAGAAUAUAUCACGGAUAUCACGGAAAAUAUGAGCGAUACUAAGUACAAGAUUCCGUCUUAUAAGUAUUGCCGUCAGAAGCAGAUAGGCGUUGGCAGAUCAAUGAUCAAAGAAGUGCAAGGAUUUUAUUGCGAACGUUGCCGACGAUUCAUGCUCUUGGAAGAUGAUAUGAACGCUCAUUUACGCAGUAUCACUCACUACCGAAACUUCUUGGCGGAUGUAAAGUCGUUAACAUCAAACGCCGCAGCUGCAGAGUCGAAGGAAACCAAGCAAAGCGAGAAUGAGAAAACUACUGAUCAAGCUCCGGAGGAGUAUGAAGAAAAUUGGAAACGUUGCAAGAUUUCUCACGACGAGGAGGAGAAUGACGACAGCCUGCGAGAGCCGCAGGAAACACAAGAGAACGUCGCCGAUAACACAAUCGCGCCGAAAAAGUCAGACGGAGAGGAAAAGUACGACCCAUUGGAGGCCGAUGCCGAAUCCGAGGAGGAUGAAAUGAAUCGUGAGCCGGAAACGGAAAUGAAGGACACGACACAGAACGCUUCCAACGGACAGGAGAAAAAGACACCGAUCGACGAGAUGUGGACGGACGCUGACAACGACGAUGCAGAGAUGGGUAAUUUGAUCGACGAAACGGAUGAGAAGGAUCAUAUGGAUCAAGAGAAAUCCAUGCAAAAGAUAGAACGUAAUUUUAAUCCGCCAAAAAUGUCACGAGGACGCGGAUUCGUACGCGGUCGUGGCGGUCCGCGUGCUAGAAGAUCUCGACGAUAAGAUGACGCGGUUCGAUCUGCAAAAAUACGAAAGUAUAAAGAGGGCGCGGAAAAUGCGUCAGAGCUGGUAGAAGCUAGAUGGGCAUUUUCCGUGCUGUUAUAAGUCCUAAUGGUAUGAAUUAUACAAAGCAUGUGAACAUUUUUAUUGUCGAAGCAUAUUUAGACACGUGUAAUAUGCGUAUGUUAUAUUCACGUGGGUUACAUGUGUAGUUACAUGCGUAAACUCUAUCUUGUAAGCGACCUAUCUUACUCUUAUUGUAUAACGAAAGAAGAGAAAAAAAAUGUCGGAGUCAUCAUGUAGAAGUCUAGACUACUGUUAGUAAUCGUUACUUGUCUCAUAAGGUUUAAUUCGUUACCUUACAAUUACAAACCAGAGACUUGUAGAUUAUGAUCUAAAUGAAACGCAUACACACACCAGUUAUAUUAACGUGGAUGUUUCUUUUUGUGUUUCAAACUGAAAUAAUUAUACUUAUGAAUUUGUACAUCGUGAAACGGUCAAUUCUUUUCCUGGCACGUGCUCAAAAAGAAUAAAAUUAUAAGACACACAACGGGUUAAUGAUUGCCAUUGACACGUAUAUGGCGCUAAUUUACAUGAAUUGUUGGGAACUACAUGUAAUUGCAAGGGUUAUUUGUGGGUAUCAUGUGUGGACAAAUGCGUACAGUACUAACAGCAAGAUCAGGAUAUAUGUAAUGUGUAUGUAUGCAUGCGGGUAUGUGUGUGUGUGUGUGUGUGUGUGUGCGCGUGUGUGUGUGUAUGUGUGUGUAAAGGAAUAAAUUGAUUGAGAUCGAAA